AUGAGAGGAGCAGAUGAAAAUGGAAUAGAUGCAUUUAGAUAUAUGCAAAGAGCCCAACAUAUAGGAAAAGUUAUCAUCAAAAUCCCGUAUUUAGCUGAUACUGGAGAAAAUUCAGUUCCAGAUGAAUGCUUAAUUACGGGAGGAAGUGGAUCUUUAGGCCUGGCUCUCACAGAGUUUCUGCUCAAUGAAGGUAUUACAAACAUUUCUAUUAUUUCAAGAUCAGGAAUUGAAUCACAGACAGAUAGCAUACAAACUCAAUGGAAAAAGCUAUUGAAAAGGGUUUCAAACAAUAUAAACGGCAAAAAACAAGGCAUUAGAUUUUUUAAUAUUGAUAUUAGUAACAAGGAUUCAUUAUACAAAAUAAUGAAUACAGAAUUUAAGAAUCUAAAACAUAUAUUCCAUUUAGCAGGCGUACUUUCAGACUCAAAUAUAGAAGGUCAAAACCGUCAAAGUAUUGAAAAAACAUUCAAGCCUAAGGCAAUUGGAGCAUGGAAUCUACAUAAUAUCUGUGAAGAAUUAGGAUUAAAUAAUAAACUUAAAACAUUUGUAAUGUAUUCUUCUAUUGCAUCUGGGCUUGGAAACUUUGGUCAAACAAAUUACUCUGCAGCAAAUUCCUGUUUAGAUUCGUUAUCCCAAUAUAGGUUAAGAAAGGGAUUGUGUAGUAAAAGCAUUCAGUGGGGAGCUUGGGAUGAAGAUGGGAUGGCUAUGAAUAUAAAACAUCAUUUGGGUUUAGUAGGGAUGAACUACAUUUCUAAAAGCAUUGGACAAAAAAUAAUAUUUGACUUAUUUUCAACACUUAACUAUGAAGAAAAUAGAAAAUUUGCAACAAUAAUGUGCCUACCAAUUAAAUGGAAAACUUACUUUAACACUGUUUACUCUGGUGAAAAGAUUCCUCUGUUUUCAUCGAUUAAUAUGAAUGUAAAAACUGAAAAGCUACAAAAUACAAUGUUAAUGAAAAUGAGUGAAGACGAACGUGAAAAAUACAUUGAGAAACAGAUUAUUUCUCUCUCGAAAUCUAUUCUCGGUGUUGAAAUAAAAUCACUAGAUCAGCCAUUACAAGAUAUUGGAAUUGAUUCAUUAGCAGCACUCGAAUUUAGAAAUGCAUUAUCAAGAAAGUUUAACAUAAAGUUGUCAGCAACAACAUUAUUUGAUUAUCCUACAAUUAAGGGAAUUAAAGAUCAUAUAUCUGAGAAGCUCUCAAUUAAAGAAAGUACAUACGAAACCAAUAAAACUCAAUUUCCGGAUCUGUUGCUUUCCCAAAACAAUCUAUCGGAUGACAGUAUUGGGGUGAUUGUGGGGAUAGCUUGCAGAUUUCCAGGUCGAUGCAACACGCCAGAUAUUCUUUGGAAAUCUCUGAUUAGAGGUUACUCAAUAAAUCCUCUGUCUGGUAAGAUGUAUAACUCUAUAGGUGGAGCUUUUUGCGCAUCUAAAGAAAUACCAAUUCAAAGGUGGAAUCAUAAUUUAGUUUAUAAUGCUGAUCCAGAUAAAACAGGAAAAUGUUAUUCACACAAAGCAUGCUUUAUUGAUUCAAUAGAUAUGUUUGAUAAUUCCAAGUUUGGAAUUACGAAUAUUGAGGCAAAACAUAUGGACCCUCAACAAAGAAUUAUACUAGAAACAUGCUACGAAGCUCUCAUAUCUGCGAAGAUUAAAGAGGAAUCUCUUAUUGGGUUUCAAAUGGGUGUAUUUAUUGGCUGUUGUUCAAAUGAUUGGUCAUUUUUACAGAGCAGAAAAGGAAUGGCACCUUUUACGGGGACCGGUGCUGCAAACACGACUAUUUCAAAUAGAGUAUCAUACGUGUUUGGAAUGAGGGGCCCAAGUAUGACUAUAGAUACAGCAUGUGCAUCAUCUCUCACAGCUGUAUGCAUUGCAAUGGAUAGUUUUAAAAAUAAAGAAUGCAAUGGGGCUGUAGUUGGUGGUGUAAACGCCUUAUUGUCGCCAAAUCUCUUCAUCGCAUUUUGCAAGGCCAGAAUGCUUUCGGUAGAUGGUAAAUGUAAAACCUUUGAUGCUUCAGCUGAUGGUUACGUAAGAGGAGAAGGUUGUGGUGCAAUUGUAAUUCUAAAGCAAAGCGAGCAAAAGAAACGAAACACUCCAAUAUUAGGAAGAAUAAAAGGCUGGGGAUGCAACCAUGUUGGAAGAAGCGCAAGUUUAACUGCCCCAAAUGGUCCUGCGCAAACAAGUGUCAUUAAAAUGGCACUUAAUCAAUCAAAAUUAAGCAAUUCAGAUAUUGAUUACGUUGAAACUCAUGGAACGGGAACUGCAUUAGGAGACCCAAUUGAGUUGGGUGCAUUGAAAAGUAUUUUUGGUAAAAAGGCAAAUAAUAAAAGAUCAUCUCCAUUAGUAUUGGGUGCAUUGAAAAGUAAUAUAGGCCAUUUGGAGGGUGCUGCAGGGAUUGCUGGAUUAAUUAAGCUAGUAUUAGUAUUAAAGCAUGAGACUGCAGUUAAAAUUGCUCAUUUAACCAAAAUUAAUCCUCACUUAGACCUAGAAGACUUCAAUGUCAUUUUGCCACAAAAAAUUACUCCAUUAAAGUGCACCAAAAACAAGUUAAUUGGUGGAGUUAGUGGAUUCGGAUUUGGAGGAUGUAAUACUCAUGUAAUUGUUGAAUCAACAGAAAAGAACAAAUCAGAGAAUAAGGAAGUAGCCGAUUGCUCGAGAAACCAUAUAUCGUUUGUAUUUACUGGCCAAGGAUCACAGUAUAUCAAUAUGUGCAAGGAAAUUUAUGAAACUGAACCAGUAUUUAGAGAUAAUAUGAAUUUAUGUAAUGAUAUAGUUUCUAAAAUUCUUAAUAUAUCUCUUCUUGAUAUAAUUUACCCAAUAGGCUCUAACAAAGAUACUGAAUUUGAAACCUUGCAUAUGUUAAAUGAUACUCGCUAUGCACAACCAGCGAUCUUCGCUGUUGAAUACUCCCUGGCACAAUUAUGGAUUUCUAAAGGCAUUAAACCAGAUUCAGUAUUAGGACAUAGUCUUGGAGAGUUCAUAGCUGCAACUAUCAGUCAAGUUAUGACAAUUGAGGAUGCUAUAACUUUGGUAACUCACAGAGCAAGCAUAAUGGCAUCUACACCUGUUUUAGAUGGAAUUAUGGUGGCUUGCAGACUUACCGAAUCUCAAGUUGUUGAUACAAUUAAGAGGUUUAAUCUCGGAGAAACUGCAGCUUUGGCAGCUGUAAACGGCCCAAAAAGCGUGACUAUAUCUGGGAAAAAAGAAUCAGUGUAUACAAUUUUAGAGCAUAAUGGUGUUGGUAGUAGAUUCAGACAACUAGAUGUUUCUCAUGCAUUCCAUUCCCCGUUAGUUAGUGAAGCAUCUGAAAAAUUUAGCAAAUUACUGAAAAAUAUAGAAUUAAAACAGCCAACCGUAGAGUUUAUCUCGACCGUUACUGGAAAAAAAGAAGUAGAGUCAAUAUCAACUGCUGAAUAUUGGUCAAAGCAUAUAUUAAACACUGUUCGACUUUCAGACGCAGUUUCAAAUGCAAUUGAGUCUGUAAACUCAAGAAUGACAUUUAUUGAAAUUACAUCAAAACCCGUUCUUUCACAAUUAUUAAAAGCUCUUGUUCCUACGAACAGUAGCCAUAUUUCAGUAAAAUGUACCUGUAAAGUUAGAAAUUCUGAAUUUGACUUUAUCCAACCUUUAGAAGAAAUGCAAGAGCUUGUAUCAGAAGACUCAAGUUUUACAAACUUUACCAACAGCUUAGAUGAUGAUUCUUGGAGGUUCAAACUCUUAAAAAGAAGACAGAUUCCAUGGAACGAUAUUACUCAUCCAAUUAUUGCUCCUCUACAUGACUUUAGCGAUAUAGAAUGGGUAAAGGAAAAUAUCUCCAUUAGUAAGUCAAAUGCAAGAGAGCUAGUUGAAAAGCUGGAGUUUACUUGUAUGAUUGCCCCAGAGUUGCUUGACUUAUUUGAUAAUCACAAAGUAUUAGGGCAGUCUAUUCUUCCGGGAGCUGCGUUUGUUGACUUCAUUGCAACAGCUGCAUUAAAUUAUACUUUAUCUCAGUUUACUCUCGGAGUAAUUGGAGUAAUGCCAGAUUGGAUUCAACUGAAAGGAAUCUUUUUCAGAAACCCAUUUAUUUUGUCUUCUGCAAAACAAUAUAAAUAUAUAAGCAGUAAAUUAGAUAGUCAGGAUUAUUCUGAAGAAGAUAAUUCUAGUCGUAACUCUGACUUUAAUAUUAUUAUGUCAAAAGGUAACAAUUGCCAGAUAAGCAUAGAGUCUUCAUUGAAAAUGGACGAAGGAGCGGUUGUAUAUGCAACAUGUGAUGAGGUUGAAUAUGUAACGAAUAUGGAGGCUCAAACAAAAAGUUCGUGUAUAAUUUCUGAAUGGCCAAGCAGUGAGCUAAUUUCGAAUUCUGAAAAAGUUUCUCAAGAAGACAUUUAUGAAAAAAUGUCAAUCGCUGGACUUCAGUAUGGUGACAGGUUCAAAACACUAAAAGAAAUGUGGAAAGUUACUUCAAAUUCUGCUGUGGGGAUAAUUCAAAAUGAGCUCUGUUAUGAAAAUGGUACUGAAACAACAGAUAAUCUUGCAAUAAAUGAAGCAAUAAUGAAUGAAAGAGGCUUUACUAUACAUCCGACUCUAUUAGAUGGUGUAUUACAUAUGUGCGCAUCCAUACUAGGCGAUAAAUCAAAUGAGAAAACUCUUAACGAAUUAAAUAAACAGUCAACAAUGGUUCCAAUAAGUGUAAAUAAAUGCCUUAUUACCCCUAAGAUUGAUACUUCAAAAUAUAUUAAAGGGGAGAAAUAUUGGGCGUUUGUUCAGCUUACAAGUUCCGAUAAGGAUGGGGCGAUGGUAAAUGUUGCAUUAAAGAGCAUGGCCGGAGUUCCUAUAGCAGUACUUCUUGGAGUUUCACUUCGUUCUGUUAAAAAUGGAGUAAUUUCUACACAUACUGUUAAACACCACGUAAUCCCGAAUGAAUUAUUAUGGAAAACUGAAUGGGAUGAAAUCGUUAAAAGUAUUACCAUUUCUGAAAUAAUAUCUCUUCCUGAAAAAAUCACUAGUGAUGAUACAGAAAAUAAACCAUAUCAAGGGAUCAACUCCAAUCUUGUUGAGAAAAGAAAAAUUUUAUUGCUUACUAAUUCUAGUAAUAUUGAUCAAGAAGAGUUAUAUUCUGAAUACUAUACAGCUGACAUUGUAUGUAAAGCUUCAAAACUCUCUUUAGUUGAAAUAGAGGCAGCGAUAUAUGGAAGAGAUGAUCAUGAAUUACCACCUUCACCAUCAAACGAGGCAAAAUAUGAUUUAAUUUGUCUCCAUAUUCCCAAUUCAGAUAGAAAAGAGGCAGUUGCUUCAUUAUCACCAGUAUUAUAUCUUUGUAAAAUAUUGAGAGCAAUGUUUGAGAAUAAAGAAAGAACAAUUCCACGUGUUAGAAUUAUUACUGAAAAUAUAUUCAAUAUUUAUGGCUUAAAUCAUGAAUUUAGAACAAAUUCAGGUGUUUCUCCUUUUAUUAAAAGUGCUAGGCAAGAACUUGAGCUAUUCUCUGAUCAAUCUGUUUCAUUAGGUUUAAUUGAUAUAGAAACUACUGAAGAUUUAAAUAAGGCUAUUAUUCUCACAGUUGCAAAGGAUCUACUCUGCUAUAAAAAAAAUGAAGAUAUUUUCUCUAAUAGCACUCUAACAGAGUCACAACUUUCAUUCUUAAAUACUGAAUAUGAACCAGAGUUUGCUUUAAGAAAAUAUAUUACAGGAAAACAAAAUAAUUGUGAAACUCAAUACAGAAUAUUUACUCCAAAACUAGUUAGCUUAAAGAAUGAGGCAACAAUUAUAGGUUCUUGUAAGUUAAACAUGAGUUCGCGUGGAGCAAUAAAUAAUUUAGAGUUAUUGCCAUUAUCCAAUGAAGAAAGAAUAAUCCCAUCCGCAAAUACUGUUGAAAUCAGA